AUGGCUCUGCAGGUUCUGGGCAUCACCCUGUCUAUGAUCGGGCUGGCUGGCACCAUCCUCAUCUGCGCCUUGCCCAUGUGGAAAGUCUCCGCCUUCAUUGGCACGAACAUCGUGGUGGCGCAGGUCUUCUGGGAGGGGCUGUGGAUGACGUGCGUGUACGAGCGCACGGGCCAGAUGCAGUGUAAGAUCUACGACGCCCUGCUGGACCUGGAUCCGUCGUUGCAGGCCGCCCGGGGGUUAGUGGUGAUCACCAUGGUGCUGGCUUGCCUGGGUUUUUUUAUCUUCCUGGUGGGAGCCGAAUGCACCAACUGCCUGAGUGAUCCACGGGUGAAGGCGCGCAUCGUCGUGGCUUCCGGGAUCACCUUCAUGCUCUCCGGGCUGACCACUGUGGUUCCCGUGUCCUGGACCGCCAACUCUAUCAUCCGCGAUUUCCACAAUCCCAUAGUGCAUGAGGCCCUGAAAAGGGAGAUGGGCGCCGCCCUGUAUGUAGGCUGGGUGACUGCCGGUUUUCUCUUUUUCGGAGGGGCAGUUCUCUGUACCAACUGUCCACCAGAACAGGAGAGCUACUCCUCACGGUACACCCUGGCCAAAUCAGGCUCCCCAAAUAGUUACGCCAUUAAGAACUAUGUCUGA